AAGAAUGGAAGAGUACAACCUGUCAAUCAGACAGACUUAUAGCAAUUUGUCUGACAAUGAUUUAAGGCAAGAGGUUGAAGAGCUCUGUUCCAGUUUUCCAAAUGUUGGGUACAGAACUAUUCAGAGUCUUCUUCUUUCACAAGGAUUGAAGGUACAGGAGUUAAGAGUAAGGCAGGUUGUAAGAGAGUGUGAUCCUUGUGGGGUUUUGUUUCGCAAAGUUUUCCUGACUUCAUGUAGAAUACAGAGAAGAACGUACUCUGUUAGUGGUCCUCAAGCCCUUUGGCAUAUUGAUGGAAACCACAAGUUAAUAAGAUGGCGACUUGUUAUACAUGGAGGAAUAGAUGGUUACUCCAGGUUCCCAGUAUAUCUGAAUGUCAGCAAUAAUAACAGAGCAGACACCGUUCUAUAUGCUUUUUUAGAGGCUGUACAGCAGUUUGGUUUGGACAAGGGUGGUGAAAAUGUCUUAGUGGCUGAGUACAUGGUUGAACACCAACCAAUAGUCAAUAGACCAUUUAUUGCAGGGAGGUCUGUUCAUAAUCAAAGGUAUGUCAUGUAUAUGACACAUUGUACUUAUUAUACCUAUGCUUUACAAAGUCAAGUGGGGACUAUUUUUUAUAUAUAUAGGAAUCAUGCUGGUUGUCGUGUCCCAUCUAUUACAUCCCUUCCUGUCGCCAAGUCAGACGUCUGA